UUAUUAUAGAAAAAAACAAAGUACCGUUGACAAAGCACAAAACAAGGAAACACGUUACAUAGCGACACGACGUCGUCACGUAUCUACCACCGCACUUUCGCAACUCAAAACCCCACCAACCACCGACCACCGCCUUCACUCACGACGCUGAAUCUUCCUCUUUCUCCUCACCAUUUCUCUCUACCCCACCACUCUUUUCUUCAAACCCUUUCCAACGAAUCUCUACAUUUCUGAAACCACCUUUGAAUCACCGACAUAUAACCACCUCAACCUAACACACAAAAAAACCUAAUUUUUACACUUUUUGUAACCACCCAAUAGCUUUUUUCAAUCUGGGUCGAACCAGUUUCAAAUUUCGGUUACUGGGUCUGUGUGUUUGAAAUCUGGAUCUUAUGGUUAAGAAUGGAAGAAAGUGAAGGUGUGAAUUGUUGUAGUGGAGGUAGAAGCCCUAGUGAGAGUCGACCUCCGAAUCCUAAUCCAUCUAUUGCUUCUGUGUAUCGGCAAUGCCAACGCAAUGAUCCUGUCGUUUUGCCAUGUAGAAACUCCCUUGUUCGUCACGCUUCUCUUCAAGCGAAAAUGAAGUUGUCUGAUGUAUCUACUGGGGAUGUUACUGAAGAUUUCCUUCCAAAGCUUCGUUCUGGAGGAUACGCAGAUGUUGGGUUCCGGUCAAGUAUGGAGGAUGUGUAUGUCUGUGUUGACCACUUUAUGCAGGAUCCUGGGCUCAACAAACAUAUAGGUGGACCGAGUGCUUUUUAUGGGGUAUUUGAUGGACAUGGCGGAAAGCAUGCUGCUGACUUUGCUUGCAAUCAUUUGCCAAAGUUCAUUCUCGAGGAUAAAAGUUUCCCAGUAGAUAUUGAAAGGAUAGUUGCUUCGGCCUUUCUGCAAACAGACAAUGCAUUUGCAGAAGCUUGCUCUCUGGAUGCUGCCCUUGCGUCUGGGACCACUGCAUUGGCCACUCUUGUUAUAGGAAGGUUGCUGUUGGUCGCAAAUGCUGGAGAUUGUCGAGCAGUGCUGUGCCGCAAUGGCAAAGCAAUUGAAAUGUCAAGAGAUCACAAACCAGUUUGCAUGAAAGAGCAGAGGCGUAUCGAGGCAUCUGGGGGGUAUGUCUAUGAUGGAUAUCUUAAUGGACAACUUAGUGUCACUCGAGCUAUUGGUGACUGGCACAUGGAAGGAAUGAAAGGCAAAGAUGGUGGACCACUCAGUGCAGAGCCUGAACUCAUGACAACUAAACUCACUGCUGAGGACGAAUUUCUCAUCAUAGGCUGUGAUGGGAUUUGGGAUGUUUUUAGAAGUCAAAAUGCUGUAGAUUUUGCCCGGCGUAGGCUUCAGGACCAUAACGACCCAGCCGUGUGUAGUAAGGAUCUGGUUGAUGAGGCUCUGAAGAGAAAAAGUGGAGACAAUUUAGCUGCUGUUGUGGUUUGUUUCCAGCAACAGCCUCCACCAAAUUUGGUAGCGCCGCGCGCCAGAGUACACAGGAGCUUCUCUGCUGAAGGUUUGAAGGAGUUGCAAAGCUUUUUGGAUAGUUUGGGCAAAUGAGUUUUUUUCACAAGUCUUUUUGGUUCCUUCUUGUUUUAUUUUCUUUUCUGUACCUCUUUCUGAGAAUUGAGAUUCAUUUGUAACUGUAGGUGUUAGCGUUAGGUGUAGUAGGAUGAGAGAGAACUUUCUGACUGUAUCAUAUGCGGCAGCUGACAUUUUAAUUUACUGGUACUAGUUCUUUCUUAUUUCA